AUGGGAGUGAGGUCAGUGGUUCGGCAAGUGCAGCGGCAGUGUGUCAGCUGCUUCAAGAAUAAGCCGAAGCUGGUGGUGCAACCAAUGGGAGAGUUACCUGCAGCAAGAGUAGCGGAAGCGAGACCGUUUGCCAUAUCGGGUGUGGAUUACUGCGGCCCAGUGUACAUCAAGGGCGGUCAUAGGAAGGCAGCACCCACAAAGGCAUACAUCGCAGUGUUUGUGUGCUUCGUUACGCGGGCAGUGCAUCUGGAGUUGGUUUCCUCUCUGUCCACGGCAGCCUUCAUAGCGGCACUCCGAAGAUUCGUGUCGAAGCGAGGAUUAGUGGCUGAACUGCACUCCGACAAUGGCACCAACUUCAAGGGAGCCGCCAACGAACUGCGUAAACUCUAUGAUCUGCUUAGUUCCUCUCAAUUUCAGGCAGAGGUAACAACUUGGAGCAGCGAACGAGGUUUGAAAUGGAGUUUCAUUCCGCCCGGAGCUCCCCACUUCGGAGGACUUUGGGAGGCAGCGGUUAAGUCGAUGAAGCGUCAUCUACAUCGUGUAUUGGGAGACGCAGCUACCACGUAUGAAGAUAUGGUCACGCUGUUGGCGCAGGUAGAAUGUUGCCUGAAUUCGCGACCUAUCACUCCGAUGUCGGAUGACCCUGCAGAUUUGGAAGCACUUACACCGGGCCACUUUAUCACGGGUUCAAAUAUGCAGCAGGUCCCGGAUAUUGAUCUGCGGGAUAUUCCGGAAG